AUGGUGGCAAUGGAAGGAGCUGUGGGUGCGUGGGCAUGGUGGCUGGGCCUCCUGUUCGGCGCCGUCCCGCUGCUCUGCCUUGCCCUGUGGCACUCCACCGACACAUGGCACUGCGCUGCCUUUGCUCUCAGAUACCGCGGCCGUGGGAGCAAUGGCAUCCGGCAGCGCCUCCCGCCAGGCCACAUGGGGGUCCCCUUUCUCGGCGAGACGCUCUCGCUGCUAUGGUACUUCAAGCUGGCCCGCCGCCCGGACGACUUCAUCGGUGCAAAGAAGAGCGCGUACGGCAGCGCGGCGGGGAUGUACAGGACGCAUCUGUUCGGCUCCCCCAGCAUCAUCGCCUGCUCGCCGGCGGCCAACAAGUUCGUGCUCCAGUCCGCCGAAUGCUUCGGCAUCAAGUACCCGGUGCCGGAGCUCAUCGGCACCAUGUCUGUGGCGAACAAGAAUGGCGCCAGCCACGCCAGGCUCCGCGGGUUCAUCCUCGCCGCCAUCAACCGGCCCAGCUCGCUCCAGACCAUCACCACCGUCGUGCAGCCUCACGUCGUGGCCGCGCUGCGAGACUGGGCGGAUAAGGGUACCAUUGUGGCCGCCAAGGAGAUAAAAAAGGUGACUUUUGCCAACAUCUGCAAGAUGUUCAUAAGCAUGGAGCCGUCGCCUUUAACAGACAAGAUUGAUAUGUGGUUCGGCAAAUUGCUUGAUGGUCUACGGGCAUUCCCCUUUGAUAUUCCAGGGACAGCAUCUCACACUGCACGAAAGUGUCGCCGGAAGCUAGAUGCUGUCUUCCGGGAGGAGCUGCAGGCAAGGAAGACGUACAAGGACUGUGAUGAUCUUAUGAGCGGGUUGAUGCAGAUGAAGGAUGAGCAGGGGAAGAAAUUGAGUGACGAAGAGGUGGUACAUAACAUCGUCUCCCUCGUCAUCGCCGGCUACGAGUCCACCACCAUCGCCAUCAUGUGGGCUGUCUACCACCUCGCAAAAUCCCCGGUUGUCCUUGCCAAGCUUCGGGAGGAGAAUGUAGCGAUGAGCAAAAGCAAAGGUGGGUCUACGUUGACAGGUUUGAUGAUUACCCACGAUGACAUCCCAAAGAUGAAGUACACCGCGAAGGUGGUGGAGGAGACAAUUCGGAUGGCCAACAUCGCCCCAAUGGUCCACCGUGUGGCGAACAAGGAUGUAGAGUACCGCGGCUACACCAUACCGAAGGGAUGGGCCGUGCUAGUGUGGUUGAGAUCAGUGCACACCGAUCCCAAUUACUACCAGGAUCCUCUCUCCUUCAAUCCUGAUAGAUGGGAUGAACCGGCAAAGCCAGGAACAUACCAGGUGUUCGGGGGUGGCCCUCGGAUCUGCGCAGGCAACAUGCUCGCUAGGCUGCAGGUCACCAUCAUCCUGCAUCAUCUCUGCGUUGGCUACCAAUGGGAGUUGAUCAAUCCCGAUGCACAGAUCAAUUACCUACCGCACCCAAGGCCAGUGGAUGGUGCAGCCAUGACCUUUCGUAAGCUUAGCACCUGA